AUGGCAUUUGCUAUGACGCGCACCAUGAAGGCCUCCUCGGCCAUCUCGGCGCGCAUCUACUCGCCGACCCCGUCCAGCGUUUGCCCUACCGAGUCAACAGCUCCAGGCGAGGCCGACCUCGCGGACUGCGACUCCGAGGGCGAGGUCGGUCCGAGCAGGUGCGAGGGCGAAGUCAAAAGUUGGUCGCAGGUCAGUGAGCGCCUGCGAGGUCUCUUUUGUGAGCUCGUGGAGGAAGAUGACGGCGACAUGGACACCCUGGAUGCUCCUUGCGGCAGCCCUUUCAGCAGCGUCCUGUCGCCGAUGGUCGAAGAAAGUCCGGUAGCGAAAGCAGCCUUCGAAGAGGCAUCUACAGAAGGUACGGAGUGCGAUGUACAGGACGAAUCGCCUCUGGCUUCUGAGCUUCUCGAGCAGGAACCCAUCUCCGUGAAAGAUUGGCACGCCGUAGGCUGUCGCCUGGCCCACGUCUUCCGCCAGUGCGCCGAAGAAGACUCGGACGACGAGGACCAAGUCCACAUUCGCGAACUUCCCGAUGAAGUCGAGGUCGAAGCCGAGCCAGAACCCAUGUGA